GACGAUAGUUUUGAGAUGGAAGUUAUUGAUCUGACAAAUGAGGAUGGAUUUGUGGAGGACAGCAUGGAUUCCAUCAAAGACAACAUAGACAUAGCUUGUUAUUUCAUCACAAAACAUUCUUGGAAAGGAAAAUAUAAGCGCAUUUUUUCUGUUGGUACCCAUGGCAUUACAACUUAUAACCUCAACACAUUGGAGAUCACCAAUCGGUGGCCCUAUAGUGAAUUUAUUAGUAUUGUGCCAAAUAGUAAGGCACCCACCAACAAUGAAUUCUCCAUUACAAUGCGCAAGAGUCAGCGUAAAAUAGAGACAAUGAGGUUCUCAACAGACCAUCGACCAGACCUUUUGACGGAGGCAUUGCGUUUCCGAAAACUAUUUGCUGAACAGAACACCAAUGUCAAGCGAUUCAAUGCCUUCAAAUAUCACUGGUCAGAAACUCGUGUCACUGUGAUCCUUGAGGUCAAUCCCUCAUCACUGGAUCAAGUCGAUCCAGUAACAAACAAAGUCUUAACUUCAUAUGAUUACAAAGACAUGGAAGGUUUAACUAUGGUGUCUGAUUACCCAGGAGGUGUGGCUGUGAUAUACGGAGGCAACAGUCGAUUGCAUCUGUUUGUGCUGGACCAGAAAGAACAGCUGAUCAAGAGUAUAACAGAGUCGGCGGCGAACAAUAUUGGAAUUUCUGUAAAAUAUAGAAAAGAUCCCAUUACAUUUGACCAGUUUCUUUCCCACAAAUUUGGUAAUUUCAGUUCGGAUGAAUGUUUAACUUCCUACUCAGAAUUUAUAGUCCAGAAAAUCUCGCCCCGCCACACUGAUUGUGUUCGACGAACCCUGUGUCUUACUGAAAACUGUUUGGUUGAACGUGAUCCAGCCACAUACAAUGUAGUCACGUGCAAGCCUCUCUGUGAUAUAUUUGCUAUAAUCCGUUAUAAUGAGAACCCUCAGAAAUUUAGUGUUGAACACGUGAAAGGUGAUGUGAGGACAUACCAAUCAACCGAUAGGGAUGCCUUAUUAGCAUCAUUGUUAGAUGGUGUCCGUGCAUCCGGCAACCGAGAUGUUUGUGUGAAGAUGAGUCAAACUAAAAGAGGAUACCGAUUGGGUCCCUUCACAGUACCAGUUGAUGAAGAAGUGGAAAGUCAGCACUUGAGGUUUAUUCAUAGUCCUCCACCAACAAUGAGUCACCACGAAGCUGUAGAGAGAUUCAACUGUAACACAUCCUACAGUGGUCUGAUGCAUGCCGUCACCCAAGAUGGCCUAUUUGCUGAGAACAAAGAGAAAUUGAUAAAUGCUGCACUAUCAGGUCUACUUGAACGUGAGGGUGACCAAGAUAACAUCACCUCCGAAGCUUUAGAAGCACAGUUCCAGGCAUUACGUCGACUGGUCGCUUCCAAAGCAGGUUUUCAAGCCUUCACUAGUCUGACCAAAAUGCGAGAGAGAGUUGGUAUUAAGGUUGUGAAAGCACUGAAGCGUAAUGAUGAUGCGGUUACCCAUGCAGCUGUCGACAUGCUGUGUGCAUUGAUGCAGCCAAUGCAUGAUGACUACGACAUCCGACAAGAACAGAUGAAUAAAUUCUCUCUAAUGUCUUCGAGAAAAUUCCUUGAAAGUCUUCUUGAGAUGUUCAACUAUCACGUGGUACAUGCCACAGGUGCUUUGGUGAUUUCAUCCAUGUUGGAUUUUUUAACAUUUGCUCUGUGUGCUCCCUAUAGUGAAACAACAGAAGGGGCCCACUUUGACACCAUGCUGGAGAUGGUUGCUGCAAAUGGUAGAAUUGUCUUCAAAUUAUUUCAGCAUCCCUCUAUGGCUAUUGUGAAAGGUGCUGGUCUGGUGAUGAAAGCCAUUAUUGAGGAAGGUGAUGCUGAAAUUGCUGCCAAAAUGCAAGACUUGGCUCUUGGAGAAGGUGCUUUACCCAAACAUCUCCACACAGCCAUGUUUACACAAAGUGCCGAUAGUCGCAUGCUGACUAACAGUGCACCCUGUAUGAUGUUUAGUGUGUAUACAUUGCCAAGUGGUCUGCUGUCCUACCUGGACUCACCUGACGAGGUACCAACUAUUGAAGAGGACAAACUACACGUUAGAGACAAUGUAAAGCUGGCUCAGUUUAACAUUUCUAUUUUCAUUUUUUUGCAGAAUGAUGUAAAACCGAUUGUAUUACGAAAGCGUCGACAACGAAUCAAAAGUGAAGCAAACUGGCUUCUCUUUUACCAUCAUUUCAACCAUGAUCAUGCCAGACCAAAUUUAAUUUGGAACUACAAGACGCGAGAAGAGCUACGGGAAGCUUUGGAGAACGAAAUGCGAGCGUUCAAUGUUGACCGAGAGUUAGGGUCGAAUCACGUUAUUGCAUGGAACCACCAAGAAUUUGAAGUACCUUUUAAUUGUCUAAGUGAUGAAAUUAAAAUUGGUGACUAUUAUCUGCGUUUACUACUGGAGGAAGGGGAAGAAUCCACCGAGACGUUAGGCAUAAAGCGAUCUUAUGAAUUCUUCAAUGACCUCUACCACCGUUUCCUGCUGACCACCAAAAUUCCAAUGAAGUGCAUGUGUUUGCAGGCAAUGGCAAUAGUAUAUGGUAAAUGCCACCAAGAAAUUGGUCCAUUCAAUGAUACACGUUAUAUUAUUGGCAUGCUGGAAAGAUGUACAGACAGACUAGAAAGGGAUCGAUUGAUCUUGUUCCUGAACAAAUUGAUAUUACACACGAAAAACAUCAAAGAAAUUCUUGAUUCAAAUGGAAUUAAAAUCCUUGUAGAUUUGCUAACUUUAGCUCACCUACACACCAGCAGGGCAGUUGUUCCCUUACAGAGUAACCUUCUGGAAGCUGGUGUUGACAUGAAACGAGAAAGUGAAAAAGAAUGGUAUUAUGGGAAUGCUGACAAAGAACGCUUGGGACCAUAUAGCUAUGAAGAGAUGAAAAAUCUGUGGAAUGAGAAUGUGAUCAAUGGAAAAACCCGGUGCUGGGCGCAGGGCAUGGAUGGCUGGAGAGCCUUACAGAAUGUCACCCAACUCAAGUGGAAGCUGAUGGCUACGAGUCAACCCGUCAUGAAUGAGACUGAACUUGCUAAACUCGUUCUCAGCAUGUUGAUCCGCAUCGUUGAACAUUACCCCAGCAGAGAUAUUGACGGUGCUAUCGUUCGACCUCUUCCACGUGCUAAAAGAUUGCUGUCUGAUGCUGCCUCUUUACCUCACAUAGUUCAGUUACUCCUGACCUUUGACCCUGCCUUAGUGGAGAGGGUCGCCAUCCUUUUGUAUGAAAUAAUGCAGGACAAUCCAAAUGUAUCCCGACUCUAUUUGACUGGAGUCUUCUACUUCAUCAUGAUGUACACUGGGUCGAACGUCUUACCAGUUGCACGGUUCCUCAAGUACACCCAUCUGAAGCAAGCUUUCCGCUCCGAUGAGAACAAAACCUCUGACAUUAUGCAACGCAGUGUCAUGGGACACCUCCUACCUGAAGCCAUGGUUUGUUACCUGGAAAAUUACUCUGCCGACAGAUUUGCAGAAAUAUUUCUUGGAGAGUUCGAUACUCCUGAAGCAAUAUGGAGCAAUGAAAUGAGACGGAUGAUGAUAGAGAAAAUUGCUUCCCACCUCGCUGACUUCAGCCCUCGAUUGCAGAGUAACACUCGUGCCCUUUAUCAAUACUGUCCUAUCCCAGUGAUCAGCUACCCACAGCUGGAAAACGAACUUUUCUGUAACAUAUACUACCUUAAACAUCUGUGUGAUACAAUGAACUUCCCAGAUUGGCCAAUCAAAGACCCGGUACGUCUGCUGAAGGAUAUUUUGGAAGCGUGGAAGAAGGAGGUGGAGAAGAAACCCCCUAGCAUGUCCAUAGAGGAAGCUUACCAAGUUUUAAACCUGAAUAAAGUCCCUGCGGGACACGAAGAAUCUAAAGUAAGAAAGGCCUACUUCCGACUGGCCCAGAAAUACCAUCCUGAUAAGAACCCCGAUGGCAGGGAAAUGUUUGAAACGGUCAACAAGGCUUAUGAGUUUCUCUGUAGUAAAAAGAAGAAAGCUGUCCAAGGCCCUGAUCCGGAGAACAUCGUCCUCAUUCUCAAGGCUCAGUCUAUUCUGUUCAACAGACACAAGAGUGUGCUAGAACCAUAUAAAUAUGCUGGUUAUCCAAUGCUGAUAAAAACUAUAAAGAUGGAAACCCAAGACGAGACCUUGUUCUCCAAAUCUGCACCACUUUUGGCUGCUGCCAGUGAGACAGCUUAUUACACAGUCAACUGCUCAGCUUUGAAUGCGGAGGAACUUCGACGGGAAAACGGUAUAGAGGCAUUACAAGACGCUUUCACUCGUUGUGUUGAUGUGUUGAGUCUCUCCACCACACCUGCUGAUGUUGCAGCUCAGGUCUGCAUGCAUGUUACCCAGUGUUACUCAGUGGCUUCGCAAUUUGAAGGAUGUCGUGAGAAGAUACAAGAAAUGGCAUCUAUUAUCCGGGACCUUACAAAGAUACUUUUCUACAAGAAUUUACAGAAGCUGUGUUCUGAAGUUGCCGCCUGCAUUAGUGCAUUCUGCAUUGACUACUGGUUGCAGACACAUCUUUACCAGGCAGGUGUGAUUUGGCCACUGCUACUGUACAUGUUCCAGUAUGACUACACUUUGGAAGAGAGCGGCGUGGAGAAGAACAAGAACUCCAAUCAACAGGAAGAGUCGAACCAGUUGGCAUGUCUGUGUGUGGUAGCAUGUGCUCGGUUAGCGGGUUACAAUAGUACCGCAGACGGCUCGUGUCCCGACAACCCGGCUGUUAAGAAGUCCUUGUGUGCCAUGCUGACUCCAUAUCUGUCCAGGAAGUUGGCCAAUGAAAAUCCGUUUGAACUUCUAAAGUUGUUGAACAGUAAUACAGAGAACCCUUACCUAAUAUGGAAUAAUUCCACACGGACACAACUCACAGAGUAUUUGACUGAUCAGCAACUGAAGAAGAAAUGGUUUCUAGACGCUUCAACAUGCCACAAAGACGACAGUUUUCUACAAAUUGGUGAGAUGGGAGAUUGUGACCCUGACUAUGGUGCUAAGUUUGUAUUCAAGGAUCACGAGAAGGAAUUGGUUGUUGGCGAAAUCUUUGUGCGUGUCUACAAUGAGCAACCCACUUUUGUACUUGAGAACCCCAAAGGUUUUACAAUUGACCUUUUAGACUUCCUUGGUUCUGAAGCUCAGUAUCUGUACUCUUUGAUGGCUCUUCAGCAACAAAACCGUAACUUUGGCAGUGGACAGGGAAGUACGAGUGACCGAUUAAAGAAUGUUGAAAUGGCCCUGGAAGCUUUGAGAAAUGUGAUAAAAAAUAAUCCUGGUGUUGAAAUUCAGUGUAUUGGACAUUUUAAAUUGUUGUUCUCCCUGCUGCGACUUGAGAACUGUGCUAAACUACAGCAGUGUACACUUGAGGUGAUCAACAGUGUGACUUCCAACCAGGAAUGCGUGAAUGAUAUUGCAGCUUCUGAGAUCCUCUCCUAUCUCUUACUUGCCAUUCAGGGAUUACCUCAAUGUCAUCUGCUGAUAUUAGAAAGUUUGUUUGCUUUGAUGUCAAACACAAAAAUUGUGAAAGAAGCUUUAUCGAAAGGAGCCCUUGUAUAUUUAUUGGACCUGUUUUGCAAUUCGGUGAAUCCGUUAGUCCGAGAGAAAACCUCGGAAUUAUUUGCAAAAAUGUUGAGUGAUAAAUUAGUCGGCCCUAAGGUGCGGAUUAUUCUAGCCAAAUUUCUUCCUAAUAUUUUCAUGGAUGCGAUGCGAGACUCUCCUGAAGCCAGUGUACAUAUGUUUGAAGGAACACACGAGAACCCAGAGUUAAUCUGGAAUGAUGACGCCAGGGAGAAAGUCUGUGACUUAAUCAAGAAACUUAAAGCUCAACAUUAUCGUGCCCAAAGAGACAACCCUGACACCAGAUGGAGCCUCCCAGAUGACUUUGCCAUGGUUUACUCUGACGUGCAGGGAGAACUUGCGAUCGGAGGUGUCUUCUUACGACUGUUCAUUGCAAAUCCCAGUUGGGUCCUACGGAAGCCUAAGGAAUUUCUGACGGAGCUAAUGGAGAAAUGGGUUCGCCUUAUUGAAGAUAGAUCCCCAGAUGGUGAAAUUUUGGAGACAGUGACGAUGGCACUGGUGUGCUUAUUCCAAUCACAGGUUGCGUUACUCGACCAAGUCCCUGGCCUUGGCUACAUUCCCCAUAUAUUCCAAGUGAUGCAUGCCAAAAACCCAGCUAUACCCAAAUCUGCCAUUCAAAUUCUUCACCAGCUGAGCAAUAGUGAGUUAUGUAUACGGAGCAUGGGCUCAAUAGAGUGUAUAGGCUCUCUGAAAGCUGGUAUGAAGACUCGCAAAGAUAUGAUUGUGUUUGCUGCUGAGUGCUUGGCCAAAAUGUUUGAGAAAGGCGAAGAGGAGCUUGUUUCGCAGGCAAUCAAACAGGAGAUGAUACCAUUCCUGCUGUGGGUGCUACAGAAUCCUCUAGAAGCUACAGAAAACCCUGCUGCUACCAAAGCUCAGAUUGUGAAAGCCCUGAAGUGUAUGCAGAGAAGCCUAUUGUACGGUGAACAGGUGACGUCAAUUUUAGAUAAAUCGACUGUUUGGAAAGAAUACAAGGACCAAAAACAUGAUCUUUUCAUAUCAGACGCCAACAUAUCGGGGUAUCUAACAGGUCCUGGAGUUGCUGGCUACUUAACCAGUGGAGUACGUCCGAACCUGCCCGAUGCCCCGCCACCUUUGGACACAAGUCACCAGGAGGAAUUCCACUGAAAAAAAAAAAUUGCAGAAAAUAAUUUAAAAUACCAAAAAAAACCCCAAAAAACAAAACAAAACCAUGCAACAAUAACAACAGCAUCAUUGACUCCAGAAUCUUUGUCUGCAUCUCUGAAUGUUGUGCGUGAGACGCACAGACAGAUCUUCCUUUCAUUAGUGUUUUCCUUAAAUUGUGUGUGUGUAUCAUAUAUAUAUGCAUCUGCAGUGUGUGUGUGUAUAUAUAUAUAGGUUUCUAUACAUUAGUGUGUUUAUUUGUAUCUGUAGUAUGUAGUAAUUGUUCCGGUGCUCUCAGACGAACGUAAACAGUAUGGAACUACUCCAAGACAAUCUGUCGUAUUUUGGAUAGGAGCAGCAACAGCUACAACACACAUGGUGCUUUGUUUCUUUUUUUGUUUGUCUUAGAGUGAAAAAUAGCUUUUUUAGAAAUUGGAUUCUUAUAGCCAGGCAUGUAUGAUGUGUGUCUGGAUAUAUGCUUAUAUAGGAUCUGUGUAUAUAUGUUGAUGCACAUGUAUUGUCAUCUCUAGACAUAUGUAUGCAUAUAUGUAGACUUGUAUGUGUGUAUAAAUGAAAUGUAUGGAAGUACGUAUAUAUAUAUAUAUAUACUGUUCUAUGAGCACACAUGCAUUGAAGUACAUAUGCAAUGGCAUUGUUAUUAUUAUCAUUAAUAAUAAUUUUGAAAAACAAAAGAAAAAGACUUUAAUCCGAAGAAUUUUCAUUCGUUUAUCUUGUAUAAUUACUAUUGUUAAUACAACUUUAAAUUUCUGUUUCUAUCAUCAUUAUUAUUAUUAUCAUGAUAAUUUCUGAAGUGUCGAGCUGGCGCAAUCAUUAACAUGUUGGACAAAGGUCCUUGGAGGCAUUUGGGGUCUGCUCUUUUAUGUCCUAAAUUGAAAUGCCACAGAGGUUGACAUUGCCUUUUGCCCUUUCAGGGUCCAUGAAAUAAUUACCCGUCAUGUACUGGAGGGUUGACUAGUCCCCUCCCCACAGUAUUUCUGGCAUUGUGCCUAUUGUAGAAAGAAGUUGAAAAACAAAAAAUAUUAUUAUUAUUUGAUGGAAAGGGUCAGCUGUCCAUGGCCUGAAUUCUAAGGGGACAUGUGUUUACGAACCCUGUGGAGAACACUUGCAGUUUCCAUCAGUGAUGAUUUUUGUAGGUGUUACAGUUCCAUUAAUUAUUUUACCCGUUUCAGUCAUUUUGACAGCAGAUCGCCUGGAAGGGUUUUAGUCGAGCAAAUUGACCCCAGGACUUUUUUUUUUUAAGCGUAGUACUUAUUCUGUCAGUCUCUUUUGCUGAACUGCUAACUUAUGGGGGACAUGAACAAACCAACACCAGUUGUCAUGUGGUGAUGAGUGAUAAACAUAGAGACAAGGACCCCUACACAAAUAUAUGAUGGGCUUCUUUCAGUUUCUGUCUACCAAAUCCACUCACAAGGCUAUAGUAGAAGGUGCCACGCAGUGGAACUGAACUUGGAACUAUCAGGUUGGCAAG